CUCCAAGUGGCAACUUUUCAAGUGGAAGUGGGUGAAAUGCCUUUAACGGUGAGACGUCAACAGUUGUUUAUGGUAUACUGGGUAACAUUAAAAGGGCAUAAAGAAUCACACUCUAAAACAAAUGUAUUUCACGAGUGCUGCGAACAUACGAAAGGAAAUAAUCACAGUCUAGGAUGGAUAUGUACCCAAUUAGCUCAAUCAAUUGGAAUAGACCAGAGGAAUUAUAGCCAAACUGUGCCAUUGCCUGCUAUUCCACCAUGGAUGUUUCCAAUGCCACAUAUAGACAUGAGAAACUAUCAGGAGAAUUUGGUGAGUGUGCGUGUGUGUGGGAGAGAGAAAGAGAGAGAGAGUCUGUAGUAGACUGUAAACCUAUUGUCUGAUCCAGACUCCGGAGCAGAAGGUGGCGGUAAUGCACCAAUGGAUGCCAACAGUCGUAAAACAAGAAAGAAGAAACUGAGUGGUCUGCUUUUGUUGUCACGGAGAAAAAGGCUACUCUAUUAAUUACUUAUUGGCCUAAAUAACAUCUGGAUGCAUUCAUAUGUGGUAAAGGGUCUCCUGCAUGACAGAUCUGGUCCUGUGGGCGUCAGUAUCACACAGCGAUCACAGUUCACACCUGCAGUGAAACUCCUCCCACAACAAUUCACCAAUAAAUACUGGGAAUAUUCACCUCAUCCUACAAGAGAAGGACAAACUCCAGGUGUAGCAGCUGAAAUCUGUGUGACUGUUAAAGAUGGAGUUUAUUAAAGAAGAGAUUGAAGACAUGAGUAUUUCAGAGCCAUCCAGAAUAAAACAUGAAGAUACUGAGGAACAGAUAGACUGGAUGGAGAUGAAACCGCAAAAACAUGAACUGAAUGAAGAAGAGGAGGAAAAGCAGAGCAUCAAAACCCAAAGAACAAAAGAUAAGCCGCACACCUGCUCUCAGUGUGGAAAGAGUUUCAAUCGCAAAGGAAACCUAAAGACACACAUGAGAGUUCACACUGGAGAAAAACCGUUUACAUGCACUCAGUGUGGAAAGAGUUUUUAUCAAGCAUCAAGUCUCAGUAAUCAUCUGCAGGUUCACUCUGGAGAAAAGCAGUGCAAUCAGUGUGGUAAAGAUUUUCAUUCAUCAUCACACCUAAAACAACACCUAAAAGUUCAUUCAGAUGAGAGGCCUUCUGUGUGUUCUUUCUGUGGAAAGAGUUUUUCAGGGCUUUAUAGUUUUAAACAGCACCAGAAAACACAUAAUGAAGUAAGAGAUCAUGUGUGCUGUGAGUGUGGGAAGAGCUUUACUAGAGCUGACUGUCUGAAACUGCACCAAAGAAUUCAUUCUGGAGAAAAACCUUACAAGUGCUCAUAUUGUGACAAGAGUUUCACUGAUUCAGGAUCCCUGAAAUCACAUGAGCGAGUUCAUACUGGAGAGAAGCCGUACCACUGUACUCAGUGUGGAAAAAGUUUUACUCAUGCAUCAGCCCUCAGAAUUCAUCAGCGCAUUCACUCUGGAGAAAAGCCAUUUAACUGUGAUCAGUGUGAUAAAAAGUUUAUUUCAUCAUCACAUUUAAAAAAACACCUAAACAUUCAUUUAGAUGAGAGGCCUUAUGUGUGUUCUCUCUGUGGAAAGGGUUUUUCAUGGCUGAACAAUUUUCAACAGCACCAGAAAACACAUAAUGAAGUGAAAGAUCAUGUGUGUUGUUAUUGUGGGAAGAGCUUUAAUAGAGCUGGCAAUCUGAAACAGCACCAAAGAAUUCAUACUGGAGAAAAACCUUACAAUUGCUCAUAUUGUGACAAGAGUUUCAAUCAUUCUGGAUCCCUGAAAUCACAUGAGCGACUUCAUACUAGCGAGAAGCCGUACCACUGUACUUAGUGCACUUGAGUAAAAACAAGUAAGCAGCAUUUGUUUUCAUGUUAAAUACAAUCAAGUAAAUAGUGUGAGAUAAAAUUUGAAGUUUGUCCUAAAAGCACAAUAUCUUUUUGCCCUAUUGGUAAACAAGUGCUUGGGAAAACUUUUAAGAUUUGAAAUUUAAAGCUUCACCAGUCCACAACUCUAUAGUCAUUGUUGUAGUUUAUUUCCAUUAGGAUGGAAUGUGUGUAAAUAUGUCUUUCGUGAAUUGGAUAAAUUCACGUCAUGUACUUAUUUAUUAAGUGUAAUAAAUUAUAUUCUGAUAGUACUUGUAAAUUGAGAAAUAAAACAGAAACGACAUCUUAUCUGGUGCAUGUUUGUUUCGAAUUACUCACCCUCAUGUCAUUCCAAACCCAUAAGACUUUCAUCUUCGGAACACAAAUUAAGGUUAUUUUGAUGAAAUCUGAGAGAUGUCUGUCCCUCCAUAGAUAGCUGUGCAACUGAAACUUUGAAGCUUUAAAAAGUUCAUAAAGAGAUAAAACUGCUUUAGUGAGACUUGAUGACUGCAGUGACCAAAC